AUGCUCCGGGCCGAGUGCAAGGCCUUUGCGAUUUGGAGUCACUACAAACGGCCGCGGACCCCCAACAGUCAUGUGUGCUACGAACUGGAUGCGUGCGAACAUCCCUCAGGAUACGGAGCUGACCCGAACCGUAUGGUUUGCCUCCAUACGGACGCGAGGGAAGGAUAUUGGGAGGCGAUCGCGACUCAAGUACCGGUCGAGGACCUUGCGUUGGCGGCGAUCGACCGGCGGUACGAGUCGUUGGCGUUUCUGAGUGGAGCGUUCCGUGGCGCGAGCGAACGGUGGCCUAUCGUGGAGAAGGAAGCGUUUGCGGUGAUCCACUUCGACUGGGUUUCCUUUCCUGAAGCGACGGACGGAUUGAAGAACGUCAUGGUGAUCAAAGACGACUUGAACUUGGGUGUCGGACUAUUUCAAGAACGAGAUGGUGAGCACCAUUGGCCGUACGUUCGGCGUGCACCACCAUUUUGUUACCCUGCACUGCCCUUGGGCGACCGGAACCGUGGAUUUGUGAACCGCAUCAUCGUACGGACGUUGAAGUCUCUGUGCAGCGAGAUGCGGCUGCAGACCACGGAGUGGCCGAACGUCCUGCCACUUGUCCAGUCCGCCCUGACCCAGCAACCUGCGGACCGUAUGGGCAGCAUUGCACCAACUAUGGCGUUUACCGGCCUACCUGCGACCCCGCCACUGUCUAGCCUUUCUGAAGCCAAGCGACAUGUGGUGGACGUUGGGAACGCCUUGUCUGUGAAGCACAAGCAAGUGACUGAAACGUCCGCGGGCAAGCGAAACAAGCCCGUAUCCAGCGGAAGGGAAAUCGUUCGUACGGUCAAGUUGGCUGACUUUGCGCUGGGCGACUUCGUCUUGGUGGUCCGAGCCUUGAAACACACUGGCAAGUUGACACUGCGUUGGAAGGGUUCGUACCGUGUGGUCAAGGUGGUUUCCGACCACCCCAUGAAAGUCCAACAGUUGGUCCCACCGGACGCGAUAUCCCUGCACCAUGCCAGUCGACUGCGUAUGUACUGCGAGGGAGGCCUCGAAGUCGACAAAGACCUGAAGGCUCAGAUUGCGUUUGGAGAUGAAGGGUUCUACGUCGAUGCCAUACAAGACUUACGCAUGCACGAUACGGUCUGGCAAUUGAAGAUCAAGUGGUACGGCUUGGACGAUUUGGAGUCCUCACAGGAGACGGCCAUUUCGAUCUAUGAAGACGUGCCCGUACUUUUCCGUCGUUGGAUCAAAGACCGCAUGAAUGAAGGCGGCGUGAGCGAAAUGGCUGAAGACAUCGAGCAUGCGUGCGGCCAUCCCUUGUAG